CCAGGCCUACCAGCCAUCUGAGCUGCCCACAAAAACCACAGGGCCAAAUCCGGAGCGGCCCAAGGGCCACACAGCCCUGCCGAGUGUGCGGAUGCUUCUGUGACCUUGUGAAGGUGAUAGAAAAAGGCUGCUUGAAAAGCUAUCUAAGACCUUUGACUACCAAUUGGAGAAGUUUAAUGUGCUGAGUCCUUGGAGUCAGGGGUUCAUGGACAAAGCUGCCAAUGGAAGUUGUCAGGUAUUACACCUGGAGCGCCCAGACGGAUCAAUGAAGCUUUUAAAGCCUAGAAUCUUGCCCUGAACCCAGACCAUUCAGAUAAAGAACUGGUGACAGGUGGCUGUACACUCAGCACAGCGGUGGUGUUCCUGAGUGCCAUGACCCAGGAGCCAUUCAGAGAGGAGCUGGCCUAUGACCGGAUGCCCACGCUGGAGCGGGGCCGGCAGGAUCCCACCACAUACGCCCCGGAUGCGAAGGCAAACGACCUGCAGCUGUCGAAGAGACUGCCCCCCUGCUUCAACCACAAGAUGUGGGUCUUCUCCGUGUUGAUGGGGAGCUGCCUCCUCGUGACCUCGGGGUUUUCGCUGUACCUGGGGAACGUGUUCCCUGCCGAGAUGGAUUACUUGCGCUGUGCUGCAGGCUCUUGUAUCCCCUCGGCAAUUGUGAGCUUCACUGUCUCCAGGAGGAACGCCAAUGUGAUUCCCAACUUUCAGAUACUGUUUGUUUCCACAUUUGCUGUGACCACUACGUGUUUAAUUUGGUUUGGAUGCAAACUAGUCCUGAACCCAUCUGCAAUAAACAUCAACUUCAACCUCAUCCUGCUGCUCCUGCUGGAGCUGCUCAUGGCAGCCACAGUGAUCAUCUCGGCACGGUCCAGCGAGGAGUACUGCAAGAAGAAGAAGGUCUCCAUGGCUGACAGCGUCAACAUUUUGGAAGAAGUGCCAUUUCCUGCUCGGGUCCUGAAAUCUUAUUCAGUGGUUGAGGUGAUAGCAGGCAUCUCUGCUGUACUUGGAGGGAUCAUUGCUCUGAAUGUGGAUGACUCGGUCUCCGGCCCGCACCUCUCGGUGACGUUCUUUUGGAUCCUAGUGGCGUGCUUUCCAAGUGCCAUUGCCAGUCAUGUGACAGCAGAGUGUCCUAGCAAGUGUCUGGUGGAGGUGCUGAUUGCCAUAAGCAGCCUUACAUCUCCGCUGCUGUUCACAGCCUCUGGAUAUCUGUCGUUUAGCGUCAUGAGAAUCGUGGAGAUGUUUAAAGAUUACCCGCCAGCCAUAAAACCUUCCUACGACGUGCUCCUACUGCUGCUGCUGCUGGUGCUCCUGCUGCAGGCUGGCCUCAACACGGGCACCGCCAUCCAGUGUGUGCUCUUCAAGGUCAGCACAAGGCUGCAGGGUGCAUCCUGGGACACCCCGACCUGCCCACAGGAACGCCUGGCUGGGGAGCAGGUGUCCAGGAGCCCCCUGAAGGAGUUUGACAAGGAGAAGGCCUGGAGAGCCGUCGUGGUGCAAAUGGCCCAGUGACCCUCAGACGGGGAACUGGGCAGCUGUGCCCAGCCUGGCCCCGAGCGCAGAAAUGCAGAGCCCCUAAUUGUCCUGAAUUGCUGCUUCUAACACCUCCCUUUCCCUUGUGUGAGGGCAGACCAGGCUGCAGGUGGGGUUUUCAAUUCCUAGGGUAGUUUAAUUUUAAAAUAGGCCAACGUUGGCUAUUUUGUGCCUCAGAUCAGUCGGUUCCAAACGGCUCCCAUGUCCUAAUAGCAGGAGCGUGGCCGCAGCUUCCCAGGCCAAGGAAGGGCCCUGGCUCAGUCUCUGAGAGCCCCCCUAAGCAG